CUCUCCAGCCCCCUCAUAAAACAGUUAUGAAGAGCAAGCGAGUCCGGCAUCAAGAAUUAAAGUUGAUUUUUUUGCAUCUCUCUGUGAACUGAGUAACCCGUUUCGUGCUCGUAUUUUAAACUUUGCUCUUGGGGACAGGUGGCGUCUCCAGGUUUUACGCAAUUCAUUUUUUUAGGUUUUUUAUGUGCUUACAAUUGUGGAACUGACUGAGGAGUAGGGCGGAUAGGUAUUUUCAUCUAAUACCGAAAAUUCAACUCACUCUCUUUUUUAUUUUUGUUAUAAUUCACAGAGUUCACCUUUUGUUUGGGUGAACAAAUCAAGUUUUCAGCAGGGCCACUCUCAAGGGACAGAUCAUUUUACAAACUUUAACGUUCAAAGAAUGAUUCUCCGAAGAUGGAAUGUCUGGUUGGCAAUUUUGCUUCUUUGCACCUCCGUAAAAACUCAAGGUCCUUCCCCCUCUCCACAUGCACGGCUGGAAGAUGAGACCGUUUUUGACUUGUUUGAAACCAGCGGAAUCUCACGUAAGACUGUGGGUUUGAAGCUUUUCAAGGGUCUGGAGAGUGAUGCUCCAGCAUACCGCUUCAUCCGUUUCGACCAGCUCCCCUCUGUCAGCUCCACUGCACUUCAACAACUUCUUUUGCAGAUACAAAACAAUGAAGGCUUCAUUCUGACAGCCACCCUGCGCCAGGACCGAACGUCCCGUGGAACCAUUCUUGCGCUGGAGGGCCCAGGAGAGCGCCGCCAGUUUGAGGUCGUUUCAGAUGGCCGAACCAACACUCUAGAUUUGGUGUACUGGUGGGCAGAUGGCUCACGCAACGUGAUCUCUUUUGAGGAUGUAGACCUCUCGGAUUCACAGUGGAAGAAUGUAACACUCUAUGUGCAUGGAGAGACCGCAACCUUGUAUGUUGGCUGUGGACUCAUUGAUAGCUUCAUUCUUGAUGAACCUUUUUACGAGCACCUGAGCGCCACAGGUGGCCGUAUGUUUGUCGCCAAAGGGUCCACCCGAGAAAGCCAUUUUAGGGGCUUGCUGCAGAACGUACGUUUUAUCUUUGACACCCCACUUGAGGACAUUCUGGAGAGCAGGGGAUGUGAUUUUGAAAACCCAGUGGUGGUGAAUGCACUCAGUGAGAUUGGAGAGGUUGUGGACGUUCCAUCCUCCACUGCCACCAAUGUGAUUGACCAGAACACAGAUGUUCCUGCAACCAGCUCUUCAGAACUAAUGUGUGAACGUUCCUGUGAGGAACUGGCCAACCUCUUCCAGGAGCUCAAGGGUCUCAGAGUUGUCGUUAGCAACCUCAUAGAUGGUCUGCAGAAAGUGACAGAGGAAAACACAGCAAUGAAGGAGGCACUGAAUAAGAUGAAGAAUCCUUUGGAGCUGAGCAUGUGUUGGCAAGAUGGGCGUUUGUUUGACGAUAAAGAGGAUUGGAUUGUUGAUAGCUGCACUAAAUGUACCUGCCAAGAGGGAAAAGUUGUUUGUCGUCAAAUCACUUGUCCUCCAGUGGCAUGUGCCAAUCCAUCCUUCAUCGAUGAAGAAUGUUGUCCAGUUUGCCUACCAAUGGACAGUGAGGACGGCUGGUCUCCGUGGUCAGAAUGGACUCAGUGCACAGUUACAUGUGGAAGUGGCACCCAGCAAAGGGGACGCUCUUGUGAUGACACAAGCAAUACGUGUUCUGGACCCUCGAUUCAGACACGCAAGUGCAGUUUGGGAAAAUGUGAUCACAGAGUUCGUCAGGAUGGUGGCUGGAGCUUGUGGUCUCCCUGGUCGUCCUGUUCAGUGACGUGUGGGGAGGGACUGAUCACACAUAUUCGUCAUUGUAAUUCCCCUGUUCCACAAAGAGGAGGAAAAGACUGUGAAGGUGAAGGGCGAGAGACACAGAGCUGCCAGACAGAGCCCUGCCCGAUUGAUGGUGGCUGGGGUCCGUGGUCUCCCUGGGCAACAUGCUCAGCAACAUGUGGAGGGGGUCUGAAGAGUCGUGUUCGAGAGUGUAACAGUCCUGCUCCACUGCAUGGAGGAAGGAAGUGUCUUGGAGACUCCAUUGAGAAUGAAGUAUGCAACCGACAGGAGUGCCCUAUUGAUGGCUGUCUUUCAAAUCCAUGCUUUUCUGGAGUUGAGUGUAGUACAGCUUCUGAUGGAUCCUGGGAAUGCGGGCCCUGCCCCAGUGGUUACCGUGGCAAUGGAACUUCCUGUGAAGAUGUCAAUGAGUGUGAUAUGGUUUCAGAUCUAUGCCAUAAGGUGGGUGGCCUACAGCAAUGUGUGAACACAGACCCGGGAUUCCACUGUCUGCCCUGCCCCCCGCGUUACAAAGGGACUCAGCCCUACGGCAUGGGAGUGGAGUCAGCUAAAACCAACAAACAGGUGUGUGAGCCCUACAACCCCUGCAAGGACAACAGCCACAGCUGCCACAAGUAUGCGGAAUGCAUAUUCCUUAGUCACUUUACUGACCCUAUGUACAAGUGUGAGUGUCGUAUUGGUUAUGCCGGAGACGGCGUCAUCUGUGGAGAGGACUUUGAUCUGGAUGGAUGGCCCAACCAGGACCUUGUGUGUGGAGCAAAUGCCACCUACCACUGCAAAAAGGACAACUGCCCGACUCUUCCCAACUCUGGUCAGGAGGACUUUGACAACGAUGGACAAGGGGAUGCUUGCGAUAAAGAUGAUGAUAAUGAUGAAAUUAUGGAUGAAAGGGACAACUGCCCCUUGAUGUAUAACCCUAGGCAGUAUGACUAUGACAAGGAUGAUGUUGGUGAUCGUUGUGAUAACUGCCCUUAUGAACACAACCCCGCACAGACUGACACAGACAACAACGGAGAAGGAGAUACCUGUUCCUUUGAUAUAGACGGAGAUGAGAUUCUAAAUGAGCGAGACAACUGCGCUUUCAUUUACAACACAGAGCAGAAAGACACUGAUUUAGAUGGCAUUGGAGACCAGUGUGAUAACUGUCCCUUAGUCCAUAACCCACAACAGACGGAUACAGAUAAUGAUCUAGUUGGAGACCAGUGUGAUGACAACCAGGACAUUGAUGAAGAUGGCCAUCAAAAUAACAUGGAUAACUGCCCCUACAUUUCCAACUCUAACCAAGCCGACCAUGACGGAGAUGGUAAAGGAGAUGCUUGUGAUCAUGAUGAUGAUAAUGAUGGCAUCCCUGAUGACCGGGAUAACUGCAGACUGGUUCCCAACAAGGACCAACUGGACUCUGAUGGUGAUGGUCGUGGUGACACUUGUGAGAAUGAUUUUGACAAUGACAAUGUCCCAGAUAUCUUUGAUGCAUGCCCGGAAAACAGCGCCAUCAGCAUCACCGACUUCCGCAAGUUUCAGAUGGUUCACCUUGAUCCCAAAGGAACCACACAGAUUGAUCCCAACUGGGUGGUCCGAAAUCAGGGCAAAGAGCUUGUGCAGACUGCCAACUCUGACCCUGGCAUUGCAGUGGGCUUUGAUGAGUUCAGCGCAGUGGAUUUCAGUGGAACCUUCUACGUGAAUACAGACAGGGAUGAUGAUUAUGCAGGCUUUGUGUUUGGAUACCAAUCUAGCAGACGUUUUUACGUCGUAAUGUGGAAACAGAUCACGCAGACAUACUGGGAAGACAGGCCAUCCAAGGCAUUUGGCAUCUCUGGUGUGUCCCUUAAGGUGGUCAACUCCACCACAGGCACUGGGGAAAACCUUCGUAAUGCAUUAUGGCACACAGGCAACACCAAGCAACAGGUGCGCACUCUGUGGCAUGACCCAAAGAACAUCGGAUGGAAAGACUUUACUGCAUACCGCUGGCAUCUCAUCCACAGACCAAAGACUGGCUUCAUUAGAGUUGUAGUGUAUGAAGGCAAGCAGAUCAUGGCCGAUUCGGGUCCCAUUUAUGACAAGACAUUUGCUGGUGGGAGACUUGGGCUAUUUGUUUUCUCCCAGGAGGCUGUCUUCUUCUCUGACCUCAAAUAUGAAUGCAGAGAUAAUUGAGAUUGAUUGGAAUAUCAUGGACUUUGUCUUGUCCUUUAUUAUCAAAACAAAACCAGAACAGAUCAGUGCCUAAUUGGAAGCAAAAUGUAGACUUUUUGCAAUAAGUGGCCACAUGAGGGAAACACUUACAUCCACAGACUACAAGUGCCUUCAAGAGGUGAAUAUACCAUGCAGUGGACAUCAAACUUUUUGGAGGAAACAAAAGUUUGGUUAGACCACCACAUUCCUUUGAAUUCUCAUUCAAUAGUUGCACAAAUAAUCUUUGUAAUGCUACGAUGAGUCCUGCCAUCUUGAAAAUUAACCCAAAUCUCAGUGUUGGGCAUUUAUAGUUUUGUUUCACAACAUUUAGUCUUUCAUAUGUGUCUUUCUAGUCAUUCUUAUGGAGAGAAAUGUAAUGCAGUAGUAUUGUUUUUGUUUUGUUUUGUAUUGUUAGUGGAGGUGUAUUAUAUUCAGGCUUUUACUACUAUCUACUGUAACUUAUUUAAGUUCAUUAGUUAAAAUCUCUUUUGUAUUUCCUCUUGCUGGCAAAUUGUAAAUACUUAUUUAUUUGUUUACAUUGACACAUUCUUGCAAAUGAAAUAAAAAAUGGAUGUUUGCAUAUGUUAUCAAUUUGCAUUCAUGGUCAUAGUCAGUAAGGCUUUAUCAUUGGUUAUUGCUGUAUGUACAGAUAAAGUGAAUGUGUUCUGAUAGAAAGCGGACAUAAGAAAGUGUAAUAUUAGUUUGAUUAGUGCUCAAAGUUACUUUGUAUAUUCCUGAAGGUCAGCGUUUAAGAAAAAUCUGUGUUUCUCAUUUCUGAAAUAAAUGCGUCUGGAUGAAAAGAACCAAUUCUUAAAGCAAUAGUUCAAACAAAAAUGAAAAAUGUCUCAUGUAAUUUCAAACCCUCAUGAUUCCAUGCAAAAUAAAGGGAGAUGUUAGGCAGAAUGUCAGCCCCAGUCAACAUUCACUGUUCACUAAUUGCAUUACUUUUCCAUACAAUGAAAUUAAAUAGUGACUGAGGCUUUCAUUCUGCCUAACAUCUCCCUUCCUUUCCAUGGAAGAAAGAAAGUCAUGCAGUACAUACAUUUGGAACAAUUUAAAGGUGGGUAAAUGAUGAAAUAAUGUAAUUUUUUGGGUGAACUAUCCCUUUAAUAUCAUGUUCCUUAAAGCCAAAACUAGCACAUACUGUAGAUGCAUGUUUUGCAGUUUUAUCCAUUGUUUUUCAUCCAGUGAGACUUGCCUUGCUCAUAGGUACAAUGGUAGUAAGCCAGGAUUGUGAUCUCAUUAACUAUCAAGUUUCUAGGUCACCCUAAUUUGGGAUUGAACCAGCAAUUUUUCAGUUAUACCACAACCUUCAUUUAUAAGCCAUUAAAUUCAAGGAAAAUAAUAAUUCAGAAAAUGCCAAAGAGUAAUCUAAGAUAAUAUACAUAUAAAAAAAAGUUUCUAUGAGCUGAGAAGGGAAGAUGUUUUAUGCCUGUCACUAACAUACUUUAAACCUCAUUUGCAUUUAUCAACUUAAUUUCCUGUUGUUAUCAUCAACAAUUCAAUCUAUAUAACAACGUGAACCACUUCAUUAUUUGACUGUAAGAUUAGAUUCAUCUACAGUGUACAGCUUGCUGCUAGUCAUAUUUUUAUUGGUAUCAUAAUUGUGAGUAUUAAGUUGCUUCUGAUUUGCUUUUUUUCACUCAUAUCCAUUUUUUUGGGCAAAUGCUGUGUGUGAUGAAAUAUUUUUGGUCAAUAAAAUUAAAUAGA